AUGGGUUGCUCUGCUUCAGUUCCUGAUAGAAAUUUGGGGCGGAUAGGCGGACUUAAUCCAGAGAAUGGAGGGGCAAAUGAUGCUAAGAACCUGCGGGUGAAGCUUGUGGUAUUAGGUAGUUCUGGGGUCGGGAAAAGCUGUAUUGUUCUCCGUUUUGUUCGUGGACAGUUUGAUCCAACAUCCAAGGUAACUGUUGGAGCUUCUUUCUUGUCACAGACCAUUGCCUUGCAGGAUUCAACUACGGUGAAGUUUGAAAUAUGGGACACAGCUGGACAAGAAAGGUAUGCAGCACUAGCACCACUCUAUUAUCGAGGAGCUGCAGUGGCAAUUGUUGUGUAUGAUAUAACUAAUUCUGAAUCCUUUGCCAAAGCACAGUACUGGAUCAAGGAAUUACGUAAACAUGGGAGCCCUGAAAUAGUCAUGGCUUUGGUCGGUAAUAAAGCUGAUCUCCAUGAAAAACGAGAAGUACCUGUUCAAGAUGGAAUUGACUGUGCUGAAAAGAAUGGGAUGUUCUUUAUAGAGACAUCCGCUAAGACAGCAGAUAAUAUAAACCAGCUAUUUGAGGAAAUAGCCAAGAGACUCCCACGCCCGGCCUCUUCCUGA